AUGAAUGAGAUGAUUGAAGAAACUAUUGAUACAUUGGAGGAAAAUUAUACAGAAAAGAUAAACAACAAUAAAGAUGCAAGUUUCGCUUCAUUAUUCAAUAACCCUGAACUCAGUGAUUUAGUAAUUUGCGUGAAUUCUAAAAAUACCUAUCAUUCACACCGUUUGGUUUUAGCAUCUAGAAGUGAAGUGUUUAAAGCUAUGCUCUCUGAUAAAUGGAAUCAAAAAGAUACAAAAAAUUUCGAAUUGGAAGAGACCGUGGAAGCUCAGGAGAAUUUUCACGAUUUUUUGUAUUAUAUAUAUAGCGGUGUAGUGAAUUUGCAAUUGACAAAUGUGGCAGGGUUAUACACAUUAGCUGAUAAAUAUAAUAUUCAAUGUCUAAGAUCCUCAACUAUGCAAUAUAUGUCUGACCAUAUAGCCACAAACAGCAGAGCGAAUCAAACUUUAAACUGGCUGCUCUGGGCUCAAGAAUGCAGAAAUGCCGAAUUUGAAAAAAAAUGUUAUAAUUUUAUAAUUAAUAACUUUGGUGUCGUAGUUAACUCAUGCCAAUGGUUAGAAAUUGAUAUCAAUAAUUUAAUAAAUAUAUUGAAAUCGUCGGAUUUAGUUGUACAGGAGGAAAUUGAAGUAUUUGAAGCUGUCGAAAAAUGGUUGUUAAAUAAAGAAAAAGAAUGCUUAGGAUUUUUAUUAAAAUCCCUAAUUCCAUUUCUGAGGUUGACACAAAUUUGGCCUAUACAAUUGAGCCAUCUAGAACAACAUUCAGAAAUAUUUCAAAGAUAUAAAAAACUAAUGAUGCCAGAAUUAUUAGAUGCUUAUAGAUACCAAUCAUUACCUCUAGAGAAUAGAUUAUCUUUACUAACAUUUCAAUCAUCUAGUAUGAUUAUCACACUGAGUAAUAAUGUGAGCGAAACGGAAUCGGAUAUAUUGUCCACCGAUGAAGUUGAAGCGAAUGAUUUUUUGGUCGGUAAUUUAGCAUUUAAUGAGAUGAAAUACAAAAUGAGAACUUAUAUUAAUAAAAAUUUUUGUUUUUCGUUGGAGUUAAAACAAGAAGGUGAUCAUUAUGGCCCACUUACAUUUGCUACUUCCAAAAGUUCCUCUUUUUUGGAUCAAGCUUUAUGGCAUUGGAAUCUAAAAUUAUAUUACAAUCCUAAUAACACUAACAACAAUAAAUUAAAAAUAUCGGUAUCGGAUGUGUAUAACAAACAAGGAUAUUUGUGGAAUUCGUCGAUAAAUUCAACUGUUUGCAAUUCAAGUUCUUCGUAUGGAUCUCUCAAUACAACAUCUCCUAAUCUUCAAAAUUCCAAGCGCAAUGUGCAAAUAGCAUUUUUAAUUGGUCACAAAAAGCGCGAUGGCUUUUAUUACAAGCAAUAUAAAUACAUGCACGAUUUUACGGAGUGUGAAAGUUUUGAACUAUUAGAUUUCUACAAAGAUUGGAAUCUUUCUUCCUGCAAUCAAAGGAUAAAAUUAGUUAUAGUCGUGAAACCAACCACAGAAAUAUGA